AUGGCCGACGUCUCGGAUCCAAAGAUCGACGAAGCGUACCAGGACGUCCGCUCGGACAAGACAGAGACGAACUGGCUGCUGCUGGACUACGAGUCCGACCGUUCGGACAAGCUUCAGCUCACCGCGACUGGCACGGGUGGGCUGGCCGAGCUGCGCGAGGCGCUCGACGACUCCCAUGCGUCCUUUGCGUAUGUGCGCGUCCAGUACGCGAACGACAAGGAGUCCAAGCGCGAAAAGUUCAUCGUCGUCGUCUGGAUUGGGCCGGGGUGCAAGAUCAUGCGCAGGGCGAAGAUCUCGGUGCACGCCGCAGACGUCAAGUCGAUACUGCGCGCCUAUUCUAUCGAGGUCCCGGCAAGGGAGAAGGGUGACCUUGAGGAGGAGCCCAUCAUCGUACGGUUGCGGAAGGCGGGCGGUGCGAGCUACGAUGGUGUAUGA